AUGAAGAUUUUUGAUGGUCAUUUUGAUGAUGAUAUGAAUUCAUUUGAUGAUGCAACUUCAACAUCAACAACAAUGCUAACAAAUACAUCGAAUUAUGCUAUAAAACUUCUUGAAAAAUUUUCAUUAAUGCGUGAAAAACCUGAACUAUGUGAUUUUUGUAUUCAUAUUAAUUCCAAACGUUUAUAUUGUCAUAAAUUCUUAUUAAUCGCCAUGUCGGAUUAUUUCAAAGCGAUGUUUAAUGGUAAUAUGCUUGAAAGUCAUUCUGAUCAUGUUGAAUUAAAAGGUUUUGAACGUUCAUCGAUUGGAAUUGAAUCCAUGUUAAAUUUUUGUUAUGCUGGUAUAUUAACAAUAACAUUUGAUAAUAUUGAUGAAUUAUUACAUGCUGCAACACAUUUACAAAUAUCUGAUGCUAUUAAUUUAUGUUCACAAUUUCUUAUUGAAUCAUGUUCAAUAAAAAAUUGUAUUGAUAUUUAUAAAAUAUCCGAUUUAUAUUCACUUGAUAAUGUUUUAUAUGUUAUUAAAAAUUAUAUAUCAAAAAAUUUUGUUUUACUUAUGUUUAAAGCACGUGAUCAAUUUGAACAAUUAACAUAUGAACAAAUUUAUGAUGAAUUAUCACGUGAUACAUUAGAAAUGCAUCAUUUUAAUGAAUAUGAUUUAUUUACAAUGACAUGUACAUGGAUAGAAGCAAAUCGUUUGGAAAGAGAAAAAUAUUCUUCGAAUUUAUUUCAACUUAUACGUUUUAUGUUAAUGACACCUGAACAAUUAUGUGAUCAUGUGCGAGAUCAUGAACUUAUUAAGAUCAAUGAACAAUCGAGAAUAUUAGUACAGAAUGCAUUAUGUUAUUAUGCAUUACCAAAUCGACAACCAUUAUUAAAUGAUAUACAAUGUCGAAUCAGAAAUGAACCUGUACUUGUUGCUGUUGGUGAAAUUGAAUUAUUUACAUUGAAUACACAUGAAGAAAAAUGGGAUAUACUUUGUCAAGCACCAUUAGAAGAAAAUUAUCCGUAUCCGUUUAGUGCAAUAACUGUAAAUAAUUAUUUAUAUGUUCUUGGUACACGUCGUUCAUCAUCUGAAGAAUAUAAAUCAUGUUAUCGUUUUUCAGCACGUACAUGUGAAUGGAUAAAAUUACAGAAUCUUUUACAUGAUCGAUCACGUUUUGUUGCUGCAUAUGCCAAUUCAUAUAUUUAUAUUAUGGGUGGUUUUGAAGGAUUUAAACGAACGACGCGUGUUUAUGUAAAUACAAUUGAACGUUAUUCAAUUGAAGAUGAUCAAUGGGAAUCAUUUUCAUCAGAUGGUCCACAACUUUCAUCACCAGCAGCAUGUGCAUAUGAAAAUUCUAUUUUUCUUGGAGGUGGAAAAAAUGAACAAUGGUCAAAAAUAGCAGAUUUUUAUUGUUUUUCAAUUGAUAAACGUCAAUUAGAAAAACGUUCACCAAUGCUUCAUGCUCGUACAACACAUGCAUUUCAUUUAUUUGAUGAUAAAAUUCUCGCUGUUGGAGGUUUUGAUGAUGAUGGAAAUGGUAUGUUAUCAAUUGAAAGUUAUAAUAUACAUUGUGAUCAAUGGACUAUCUUAACGGCAAUUCCAGGUGCAAUAUCAAAAACAUGGCCACAAUCAAUUGGUACCGUUGGUAGACUUAUCUAUAUAUCUGUCUUUCAUACAUCGAAUUCAUUUAUUGUGAUGCAAGAAGGUUAUUUUUUUGAUUUGGAUACUCAACAAUGGUUAAAAGCUCCUGUGGUACAUGAACGUGCACGAUAUUGUCCAACAGUUCAACUUCGUUUUUCAAAAAAUGUUAUUAAAUCACUUCAAGCAAAUACUAAUUCAUCAUCAUCAUCAUCAUCAUUAUCAUCAUCAUUAUUACCAAUAUCAACAAAUCUUUUACUUCUGAAUACUUAA